AUAUUUUUAUUUCGCAACACCAUGAUGGCAUAUGAAAAGAGCUAAAAAAAAACAGGAACCGUUAUUCUAUAUUCAAUGUUACGCUUACCACAUGUAGAUCAUUAAAACUUCAUCGUGAAGUUAUAUAUAUUCAAAAGAUCAAACAAAAAAAAAUGUGCGCAAUCGAAUAAAACAACAGAAUAUGUCAAUAGUAAUUAAAUAAAUUUUAUAUUGAAUGCAAUAAAAUUUUUGUUAAAUGGAGAGAAAUAUGGAAAAACUCGUGGACACGAAGGAUUGUAGAAUGAAGGAAAUUCUAAAAACUAAUAACGAAAACGUUUUACAAAGGAGUCCAACUAUUGUCAGUGAUAAAAGAAAUGCAAAUACUGACAAUCCAGAAAGCAUUGAUUUAAAUAAAUUAUUUGAUUUGAAUGCAAACAUGGAAAAAUUUGAAAAUGAAGAUGAAAACUGCAACAAGUAUGAAAAGUUCCAAAAACUCAGCGACACAGGGAAUAAUCAGAUUUCAGCUUUUGGAAUAAACAAUAAUGAAAUCAUGUGUCCAACUAAUGCCAAUGCAAACUAUAAUGGCCAUUCCACCAAUACAGAAGACGCUGGAUUAAGCAAAGUGUUUAACAUUGGGACUAAUAUGGAACAAGAUGUUAAUAAAAAUAAUGAUUUGAUCACAUGUGAGAACACAAAGUUGAAAGAUGAAAACAACAAAACCGUCGCAAAUCAAGAGAUCCUUGAUCCCGGAGAUGGAUAUACAACAGAAAAUAUAACCAAUUCCUUGAAUAAUUUUUCAUUACCGAAAGAUAAUGUUGAAGAGCAAAACAAAUUUUUAGCAAAUUCCAAUUAUAAACAGAAACACAAUUUUUUCAAUACCAUACAAAAGAAGUCAAUCUUCGAAAAGAAGAUUGAUAACGAUGAUGUUGACAGUUUUUCAUACAUAUUUGCUAUUCAUAAUAAUGCAAUUGCAACUAAUGCAAUAAGCACGCAUUAUACUGACAGCGAUGAACUAUUCGGAAACACUGUUUCGUCACUCCGCAAAGUUAUAGACAUAAAGGACACCGAUUCAUUUUCAGUUACCCCCUGUGUUAAAAAAUCAGUAAAACAGUUACCAAACUUGGAUAUAGAAAGCACACAAAAUAAUAACGAAAGCUAUUUAGGUAUUGACCAAGUCUCUCUUAAUACUAGUGCCAUAUCACGAGCCUCUUCGAUCGAUGAAGAAAUAAAUAAUAUAUUUAAUUCCAAUGACUACGAAGCCGAAUUGUUAGAAAUGAUUCCAUGUAAUGAAUUUAGUAAAAUUGAAACAGAAAUUGUAGCAGAACACUCACUUGUAAAAAAGAUUGAACAAGCUAAUGUGGUUGAAAGAAUUAAAACCACGAAUACUAAGUCAAUUGAUAUUGAUAAUAAUAAAUUAAGAGAAGUACUUCACAAGCCUAAUACAAACACCAAAAUUAUUAUUAAAUCUAAUGAUGUAGAAACAACCACUAAGAAGUCAGUUAAGCAAUUACCUAAUUUGGAUAUCCAAAAUAUAGAAAACAACAACAUAAAAUGUUUGCCUAUUAACCAAUACUCAGUCAACACAAAUGGUAUAUCACAAUCCAUCUUGAUCAAAAAAGAAAACGAAUUUGUGAUGGAUCUGGAUGUCGAAAUGGGUUCGUGUAGUGAUAUUGUUAACAAUAUACCAACGAAUACUUCAGGAGCAAAUUCAACAAUAAAAUGUUUAGUAGAAAAAAAGACGGAUAACGCCAAUACAAACACAGUGAAUCCUCAAAUCGGUAAGGAAACACCAGCAGCAGUUACAACUUCUACUAAAUCAAGAAAAAGAAGAGUUAAAGCAGCUAAGAAGAAUGGUACAUUAAACGAUAUUUAUGACACUAAACUAAAAGAAGCUCUUCACACACCUAUACCACCCGAAAACAAAGGUUUUCAACUAAUGACAAAAAUGGGCUAUAUGGCAGGUACCGGUCUUGGAACAUGUGGUGAAGGUAUUACGGAACCAAUUUGUGUGGAAUUAAAACGAAAUCGAAACGGUGUAGGGCAUCAAAAAAACGAACAAAUCAAAUGUUCUAAUCAGAACUCUAAGUCCAUGGGUUCUUUAGCAGCGCUGGAAGCUACUAAUAAAAGAAAAGCAAAAGCAGUAACUAUAACUACCCAAAAUGUAAAUAGUAACAACACAUCGAAAAAAAGACGUACACAUUCGCCAAUUACAUUUCAUUCUCCAGAUAGAUCAACACCACCGCCACCAGCACCGUCAUUUCAUUUCUCUUCAAACGGACAUUUAUUGAAAUUAAGUGAUGUUUCAACAAAACGCUUGAAGUUAUCAAACAUCUUAAAAUAUAAUCCAAAUGUUCCACUAAGCAAGAAAAAUAUCCAACGUAUUAAGGAAGUUUUUGAUCAUGAAAUUUCAUUACUACUUGAAAGACUACAGCACGAAUCCCUCAUAUUUGGUUGCAGCAAAUGGAAUAUUUUUCCUUGCAUAAUUGCCUUAAAUAACGAUAGCAUGGCGACGCACACAUAUGAGUUUAUACAAAUGGAAAUAUUUAAUUGGAUUACUAGGCACCAAGUACAGAGGAAUAUUACUCCAAAAUUUUAUGGUAUAAUGCGCAAUAAUAAAACAAUUAAUAUUGCUUGUGAAAAUAGGUACGCUUAUGAAUGCCUAGAAAAUUGUCUUGAAGCAUUGACCACUCGACCAAUGUUCGAAAACUUAACACUUACUUUACAGCCCUGUUUUAAUGAUUUAAGCUGCUAUGGAAUUCACUUCAAAGGUGUAUUACGCAAUCCAGACAUGCUUUUACCACAACUACAAGCGCACGAACCAAAAUUAUUUACUGAACUGUGGCUCCUCAUAACUCACGUAGUAAACUCUGAAAAAUUUGAAACUUAUUUCAUGGUUUUAAUGGACGAGCAAUCUGCGCUAGUAAUCGAGCAUUUGGUUAACAAAAUAUUGUAUGUUUUGACACAUAAAGUUACCUUCUCAUUUAAAGGCAAACUUCCCAAAACUAACAAUAACAAAUGUUAAAAUUUUUAAUAGUUUUCAUGAUUGAAAAUUAUAUUUAAUAGAUAGUAGAUAACCGAGGAUAACUUAAAUCGUCCUAAUUGGUAAGGUCAAAUU